AUGGCUUCACCCCGUCCCGCCCACACCUUUAACAACCCGGGUUACAAUCUCGCCAACGGAUCGACGAGCGGCCCCACUCCCGGAGCUACUGCGCUGCUCCCGAAUAAUGGCAGAGUGAUUCAGACCGGUGGUGUGCGAGUGCUUUGCGUUGCGGAUGUGCGAGGAAACUUAAAAUCACUCAAUGAACUUGCCAAGCAGGCUCGCGCGGAUCAUAUUAUCCAUACUGGCGACUUUGGAUUUUAUGAUGAUAGCUCUCUCGAGAGGAUUGCGGAGAAGACAUUGAGACACGUUGUUCAAUACUCUCCUCUCCUUCCAGAGACAACCAAGAAAAGCAUUGCCCAAGUUCCAUCUCAGCAAUCCAUCAAACAACGAUUCAGCCCAGAACAACUCCCCCUCUCCGAACUCCCGCUAUUGCUCAACAAGCAAUUGACACUCGACAUUCCCGUAUACACCGUUUGGGGCGCUUGUGAGGAUGUACGGGUACUGGAAAAGUUCAGGUCUGGAGAAUAUAAGGUCGAUAAACUACACAUCAUCGAUGAAGCCAGCUCGAGGUUGCUGGAUGUCGGUGGGGUGAAACUCCGCCUCCUUGGCCUGGGAGGUGCGGUGGUUAUGCAUAAGCUGUUCGAUAAUGGAGAGGGCAAGACAACGAUCGCGGGCGGGCAGGGAACUAUGUGGACAACGCUUCUGCAGAUGGGCGAAUUGGUUGAUACCGCAAACCGCGUCUAUGACCCGUCUGAGACUCGUGUUUUCGUCACGCACGCCUCGCCAGCUCGCGAGGGCAUGUUGAACCAACUCUCUGUCACACUCAAGGCUGAUUUCUCCAUUUCGGCCGGGUUGCAUUUCAGAUACGGCAGUUCAUAUAACGAAUUCAGCGUUAAUCCUACUCUGGACCAUUAUCGUGGCAAAUUGGCGGCAUCCAAGGCUUCGUUUAACGACGUGUGGGACACAGUUAAGGGCGAGGUCGAGACUGCCAUCAAUGCCAACGAGGCCCAGAGAACCCUAUUGGACAAUGCACUAAAUAUCGUUGAGAAGAUGCCGACAAUCGCGAAUGGCGGGAACCCCUUCGGAGGCCCUGUCGCAGCGAGCAAUGCCGGCGCCAGGUUGAUGAGACAAGCAACCGCCGCACCCCCCAUAACCCAACAACAGCCAUCGACCGUGCCGGGCGCGCCGGGUCCUGGUGCUCACCCCGGACAACAAAGACCAACUGGCGGUGUUCAAUUCGGACAGACACCAGUACCGAACCGUGGUGGCGCUGGGACCACGUAUCAACAGCCAACACAGCCUCCACCCGCGCAAAACAAACCGGCGGGGCCGCUUCCUCCGAAAACAACCGCAUCACCAGCGCCCGUAAUUCCGAACAACAAAAUUAAUAAGCCCGCAACACCUCAGCCCACCGGGGCGAAUGUCAACGUCCCCGCAAGCUCGACAGACAAAGCCAACGAGUCCAACGGCACAGCGCACGGUGCCGGUGACAGGACCGAUUCCAGGAAUGACUCCAGAACAGGGCCCCUUCAAGAACGCAAACAAAGCAGCGGCCUCUUCAUCUCGAACGUAGACUCCGAACAAGCAAUCCGCGACCUAUUCACCGACGACGACAAAGCCAAGAUCCUCAAGGUAGAGAAAUGGGGCAAAUUCAACCAUGUGGUGACCUUCUCUACUCCCGAGGAAGCAAAGAGUGCCUUGGACCGACUACCGGCUGACCACAAGAAACCAAGCCCGCCGGGUCCGAACCGGAAGCCGAACGUGAAGAUGUUUGAGGAUCGCGGGAGCCGAAGGGAUAUUAAUCGUGGGGAUGGCAACGCGGGGACGUGGCAGGCUAGCAACCGCGGCGGUGGUGCGGCGGGCGCGGCUGCUGCGAACGUCGGACCGCGGAGUGGGUAUCAGAGUGGCAGCGCUUCGAGCGAUCUGGACAUCGGACGGGGUCGUGGUGGGUUUGGUGGCGGGCGAGGUCGGGGUGGACGAGGUGGAGACAGAGGUGGACGGGGCGGGGAUAGAGGCGCAAGGGGUGGCCGCGGUGGGUAUGGCAGUGCUGGCGAUCGCGGCGAACUGCGGGAGCGCGGUGGUGCUUCUGCUGGUGCUGCUGGUGGGAAGGGUGAGUCGCCGGCUCCUGCUACCACGACGCCAGCACCAGCCCCUGCGGGAGAGGCGAAAGGGGGUGACUAA